AUGUCAGCGGGAGGCUUAACAGCGGAUCAAAGGAGGAGAAUUGAAGAAAAUCGUCGAAAAGCUCUCGAGAAACGAGCGGCUCUUCAAAGCCAACGACAGCAGCAAAUUGCGCCGUCAGUAACGGAUGGAGCUGAUGGCAAAUUUGCUUCGAGUCGUAUGGUUACAACCUCGAGAGAGGAACGUUGUCUAUUUCCUCGGGGCAGCAGUAUAAAGUCAAGAGAACCACAGAGACAGAUAUCUUUGCAAUCUAGAGAAAAAUCGAGCUUGAAUAGCUCAAACGUAAAUUCACAGAACAAUUCAGCAGACUCAAUGGCCUCUGCAUCUAAAACCUACAACUCAGCAGGAUCGCUAAAUUCUUUUCAACGCUCGAUCUCCAAAUUUUGUCGUCCGCAGACCUCUUCCUCUUCAUCCGCAAGAAAUUCCGAAACCAAAUUCACUAGUCCGUGUAAAUCGUCUGGGGCUACAGCAACCACGACUAAAUCAACUUUUUCAAAAAUAAGCCCAAGAGCAGGAACAUCAAAGCCAAAUACUGGUAACGUUGUGAAUUUUAAGGAGAAUUCAGAGAAGCCAGUGAAGGGUAACUGUACACUGAUUAGCAGACAGAGAUUUACAGUUGUUGUUCCUUAUCAAGCACAACUCAUUGGAAUUUUUAAAACUUUACCAAGCAGAAAUUAUGGUAUGUUGACUUUCACGGUUAGUUUUCUUAACUGUAACCUGCAAACAGAGAGAAUUACCACAAGGAAGAUUUGGAUGAAGAUAGGAAAUUGUACUAGGCUCUGAUUGAUAUCUUACACUCUCUCCUAAAUGGCCUCAGUGAUAUUUCAUGCUUAAGUUCUACAACGGUUAAUCAAAAAGUGAACUCAACACAUGCACAUCUUUUACCCACAUAAACAUUGCUUAGAUGUUGUCCAUUCCCAAGCAUCAACACUUACUUCCUUAUUUAUCUCUAUUUUUAGAUGCAAAGACAAUGCAGUGGGACUUCUCUUUGACAGAUUAUGAAAAGCUCAGUAUGUUAAACCAGGAUUUCUUAAUUAUCAUCUUUCUUUGUUAACUGUAAUUGGUUUAAUUAUGUGGUACUGAUCCUCUUCCCAACUCUAUGGUGUAUUAAAUGAAUGAACCAAAUCACACUAAGGUGCUGGUCUAAAAACCUUGAGGCUGACAAAGGUUUUGUUGAAAUUUCUGGGCUCAAUUGUUCAAAGGCUGAUUAGCACUAACCCAGGGUUAAAUUUAAUCCAAUUUUUUAUUCCUCUGCUCUUAAGCCUUUUUUGGGAUAACUUUCUUUAUCCAAUCAUCAAAUUAUAGAAAAGAGAGUUAUACCAGUCUAAAUUUCCUUUAAAGCUUUCAAAUCUGAAAUCGGAAUUCACAGAAACCCUGGAUUAACUUAACCCAGAUUUGAACAACCCAGCCCUAAACCAAAGAGAUGGAUUGAAGAUUCACCUUACUUCUUUUUGGAGUGGUGAAUAUCCUGCUAAUAUUUACCUUCAGUAAGUUAAUCAGUGAAUGUAGACAUGAUAACCUGAGGUGUGAUCCAUUAUUGGUUUUUUAUUUAAUUGAUGUGCUUGAAUCAAACAGAAGUUUACUAGCCCUUGCUAAUUUUCAACUACAGUUUUAACAGCCUUAAUUCUUUACUGUGUUCACCCUUUGUUCUAUUGCGAGAGGAAGGUAAAAUUGUCCUUUAAACUCUAUACGGAUAUGAUAACAGAAAUCAAGUGUGAUCUAUUCAACAGUGCAAGCAGUUCAGUCUAUGCCCCCUCAUAUUACAGUGGAAGGAUUACCUAAAGCAGUGAGGUCAACUUUUUUAACUGCUACUCCAGGCACUCUGAAGGAAUUGCCAACCAGUGAUAUCAAUUUAAACUCUGUGGAUUACAAGCUUGUUAAAGCACUGAUGCCAUUUCAAAUAGAAGGAGUUAGGUCUGUUUUGUUUGGUUUGUGUUGUAGUUAUAACAAAUGUAGAGUUGCAUUCCUUGUCAAAAUCAUGACAAGAUCAUAAGAUGUCACCAGAAGAAGAUACAGCAGUUUUUUUGCUCAUAAGGUACACUGUUUUUUUCCAAGAAAUUUAUGUUUCCUGUUGAAAAUUACUGUCAAAGUUUGGCUGUGUCUUAUAGGCAAAUGUUUUUUGGGAAACAUAGGUUUCUGAUUGCAGCUGUUAUUUCUAUUUUAAGCUAAUAUGAAGAUAAGUGUCCACUUUGCUUUGACCAUUUUUCAGCAAACAAUGGUGAUCAUAAAAUUUUGUACAGUAACUAGUAAAUAGAAAAAAAUAGUAUGACUCAAAUUGUUACACAAAUGUGGACAUGUUUAAUAACACUUAGAACUGCAGACAGUAUGACUGGAUGGAAUGUUAAGCCAUACAUCAAAAUUCAUGCACUUCUGAGGAUUUCCAAGAAUAACCUUAAGAAUUAGGAAUAUCUCUUCUACCCAUAACUUGCCUCUUAAAUAUUCUGUUUUAUAUUCUUUUCAUUAGUUUUGGAAUACGCCAUGAUGGAAGAGUGUUGAUUGCUGAUGACAUGGGUCUGGGAAAGACUAUUCAAGCAAUCUGUGUUGCAAGCUAUUAUCGGGCUGAGUGGCCACUUCUUGUUAUUACACCAUCCUCACUCAGAAUAACUUGGCAGCAGGUACUUAGACAAGUGCAGUAUUACAAGGAGAAGGAGAUAUCUAAUUGUUAGAGGGAAGGAAAUCAGUUUGAAAUUGAGGGAGGGUCACUAAUGUUAUAGCAGAGGAAAAGGCAUGACUUUAUUAAUUUAUACAUGGCUGAUGAGUUUGAGGAUGAACAGAAAUCAUUGAUAUUCUUCUCUAUUCUCAUCACCUUCCUGCUUGAUAUUGUAUUGAUAUUGUAAGGAGAAAUUCUGUCUUGGUCACUUGUGGGAGUGAAAGGGUUAAGGAGGAAGAAGUUAAAAUAAGUUUGAAUGUGGCCUCUCUCUUUGUGCACCAGCCACUCACCAAACAAUUUGGUUCUUAAAUCAAUUUGAGCAACCCUUUUGCAAUGAACUAUUUGACAGGUACACCAUUUUUUUUGUUUUCUUUUUAAUAACCCCUCUAGUUGGAAAGAUGUUAAGAUUUUUUAUCAAAAGAUUUAGAGAAAGGUGUGGACUCAUGAGGGCCUUAUGGUAAAUGCUUUACACAAAGAUUUUUUAUUUAUUCUAUUUCGUUUGCAGGCCUUUAUCAAAUGGCUUCCCACUGUGGACCCAGCAGACAUUAAUGUAGUCCUUACUGGAAAGGACAAUCCCGCCGCUGGGCUUAUCAAUAUAAUAAGUUAUGAUCUCAUGUCUAAAUGUGUAGAGGAGUUGAAAAAGAAACAGUUUAGAGUCAUUAUAGCAGUAAGUCCUCGUCAAGCUUAAAGUGUAAUCGUUGAAGAUGUCACGUAUAUUACUUAAUUAUGUUCUUUCUUACAAAGAAAGUCUUGAAAUCUAUUUGUAGGAAGCACUAAGUAGAUACAGAAACAUUGCUGUCAUAGUUUAAGCAUCAAUUGGUAAAUGAGUCUAUCAUCUAGACAGUCAGUUUGUCAGUUAGUCAAUCAAUUAGUCAGUCAGUUAGGUAGGCAGUUGAUUAGUCAGUCAGGCAAUCAGCCAGUCAAUUAGUUGGUCUAUUAGCUACUCAUUCUGUAGUCAGUCAUUCAAUCAGUCGGUCAAGUAAUCAGUCAGACAGUUAGUUGCUCAGUUAGUUGGUGUAUUAGUCAGGCAAUCAGUCUGUCAUUCAGUGAGGCUGUCAAUCAAUCACCAGUCAGUCAGCCAGUCAAUCAGCAAGUGAAUCAGUCAAUCAGUCUACAGAUUUUGCUUAUAUUCAUUGUUCCUUCAUGCCAGGAUGAAUGUCAUUUUAUCAAGAACUAUAAAGCCUCCAGAACCCAGGCAUCAUUGCCACUCCUUAAGGUACAAUCACCAUGAUGUUAUUUUGCAAUCAUGAGAUUACGAUUUUAUUAGGAUACAAGAUUUUCUAGCGUUGUGAUAUCUGUCUCCCAUGAGAGAUUUCAAUAAGUAAUGGAAGUCAUUUUGUCUUUAAGUAAAGUGUAAAUCGAACAAAUACGUCAAAUGACUGACUAAGCAGACACUUUUUAAUAAUUUAUUUUUAAAGAUGUUGUAAUUUUAUUUUGGUGUCAUCAUCUUUUAUUAAUUUUAUGUAAGGUUACUUCUUUUCACAAUCUUUGUGUUUCAGGCAGCCACUCGUGUGAUCCUGUUAUCUGGAACCCCAGCUCUCUCGCGGCCAUUAGAGCUUUACACCCAGAUCUGUGCCAUCCAACCAGGAUUAUUUCCUACAUUUCAUCUGUUUGGAAUUCGUUACUGUGCUGGCCAACAGGUGGGUUAAGGUCCUUUUAAGCCCAAUGGCCUAAGAUUUACCAAGGGUUACUUGGGGGACCUUUCUCAAAAGUCACUAUAACUUUACUUGUAAUCUUAUUUGCCUGAAAGCAUUCUUUGCAAUUUUAACUAAGGACUAGUAGAGUGAAUCUUAGCCAAAAGCCAGUCCAUUUUGUUGCAUUUUGUGAAAAAACUAUUAAUAUUGCAAUCUAGAAUGAAAAGGAGGCCAAAGAAACAUAUUCAGGUUUGGUUACUCCUGGGGCCUUCAAAAGUGGCUUCAAAGUCAAAUAGUAUGAAAUUUGAUUUACAUUAAUGCUGGAUUUAUUUACCAAAGAAAACUACUAUUUUUCGUGGUAUUUAACUUAGAUUGGCAUUAAUUAAGAGCAAUUUUUGAGGAGUGUCGAAAUAAUCCCCGAGUGCAUUGGUUUUUCUUUGCUUCAGCUUUUGAUUGGUCCAGUUAACUCUCACCAUCCACCCUACCAACCAGUCAGAAAUCUCAAUUGGGAUUCUCGCGUUUUGAAACUUCACGCAAUUUGUUUUCGUUUAGUUAAGUUUUGGUUCAAACAACUAUCGGUGCUCACUUGUGUUGGUGCAGUCUUACUUCUCUCUUCGAAAUAAUUCAACUUGUCUCGUCUUCUUUGUAUUGCUACUAUUGCUCUCUGGGUUAAUUUAUCGAUAAAUGUAUAAUUAAUUGAUAUAACUAUCGUGAAAAUUAUUAUCUUCAUCUCGAUUCUUGUGAUUAUGACCAUUGUUAUUACAUGUAUUGAUUCUUUUUGUAGAAUCGGUAUGGUUGGGAUUUUUCAGGCGCAUCCAACAUGCAGGAGCUUCAACUACUUUUGGAGGAAAAGAUGAUGAUCAGGUAACAUAGAGUCUUUUUGAGCCCUAAGACAUGUGAUUUUAAUCUAAAAAGAAACCUCGAUAACUCCUGUAUACUACUCUAAACCAUGAUGAGCGACGCUGUGAUAAGUUUGGAGUAGUUAAACCGCAGAUGUACAGUGUAUGGAGCGAUUCAAUUCGAGUAUACUUGUCUCCGUGCGUGAAAAAUGUAAUCAGUACUCAAAAUGAGGUUGUGUAAGUUGAACGUGAUACUUGACUCUGACCUGUAACGUUUUAGGUAACCUCGGCAACACCGGUGCAUUAGCAGGAUUCUUGGCACUGUGAUAGGCUAGAGGUAGUUCAACCGUAGAUGUGCCGAGCGAUCCGAUUCCAGUAUCGUGGUCUCCUUAUGCGAAAAAUGUAAUCAGUACUCUAAAUUAAAUAUACUCUGUGAAUGCAAAGUAUGAUAUGAGGUCUGUUAAAAGGGUAGGGGAUCUGAGAGAAACCAUUAUUUUAUUGACGUGUCAGUACCAUAAGUAAGGGAAUAUGGCACCCUAUGAAGCCAAGAAAAUUUGACCGUUAUGCUAUAACAGGCUGUUCAACCGUUCAUCCUUACGCCCUUCACGUUUCCAUGUUUUAAAACUCAGAUUAAAUUAAUAAUAAAGUAAGACGAGUAAGAACAAAACGGAGAGUUAUUACAGUCACCUAUCCAAUUAUAGGUUUCGUCUCACAGAGUUUCACUUCAUUAAUCGGAGCGUUCAAGCCCAGCUGAACUUAUACUUUAUUGAUUACCGUGUCUAGGCUGCCACCCUUAUCUGUAACUAUUUUAUAGUUCUGAAGUCCAACCAUCUCUUUCGUAACUUUUCGGCAGACGUUUGAAGAAAGACGUUCUCUCUCAACUACCUUCAAAACGACGACAAAUGGUAUUUUCAUCAAGUUCUUAUACUUACUUCCUUCAGUUGCUGUUUUUGUCUUCUUAAUUUUCUUUACAACGAUUAGCUUUCUCGAUUGUUUACCAACAGACUUGUAAUCCUUUCGAUCUUUUUGUAGGUGCUGUUGGAUCCAUCACUUAUAAAGACCAAAACUUUGGAAAAGGCUGCAAAGGAGGUUUCUAAAGCUAAGGUAAAGUAUUUAAACAUUUUCUUUGAAAGUGCGUGAUACCUGAUAAUAAGCUUCAUAUCCAUUUUAGUUCGAAAUGUUACGUAUUUGUUGUAUCUUGGAGAGCACUCGAGGUAAAGUGAAGAAAAAUUAGGAGCGGCGUUCAAUCAAUGAUCUCGCUGCGUUUUGCCUAGUAAGGAGAAAUAAAAAAAUCCACAAUUAAUGGCAGAAGUUGACUAACGUCUCUCUGGUUGCGCCGUUCGGUUUUAAAGCCUCGUAGCACCUCUUCAGCCUCGUCCCAGGCUUACUCCUGGAAGGAGGAGGUGAGAGAACCUGGGCAGGAUUUUCCACCCCUUUUGUAGAGUGAUCAUGAUCGUUCCCGACAGGCUGCCAGUACACUGUUAACGCUUUCUUGACCUGUCUGUGAAGUCUGAUGUGUUUUCAUUACUUUUUCAGCAACAAGAACAACAUGGAGCUCUUCUCAACUACUUCUUUGAAACCAGCGCCAGCAAAAUUCCUGCGGUCAGGUUAGCGGUAGACUUUAGUUCUUCGGAAGAUGCCUCAUGUAUGUUUUUACAGAGCAAGCAGGCCUGAAAUUAACUUUAUUUACUUGUCUGUAUUUACUUGUCUUUAUUAACCAUGGCUUACUCAAAGUAUCUUGUGAAGCGUCCUCAAUAUUUCUUUUGCAGAACUGUUAUAGCGAUUUUUCUCAUUUGUUAAUAAAUGGUUAUUUCACUUGCGCGUGUUAACUAUGUAACCAUCUACCACCUCAUAUCCCACCACGCUCGUGCAACAAUUUUCAAUAUUCCCUACAUAUGCACACAACCUGGUAAUAGAGAAUGGACAUUUCAACUGAUGAGCUAAUGAUUGUGAUUAUCCAGUUCCAACAAACUUAGAGGAAAGAUUUUUUUUCAGUAGGGAGACUUGAUAUUCUUUGACAUAUAAACCGCCAUUCUUUGUCUGGUUCCACCAUCAGAGAUUACAUACUCGACCUUCUAGAAAGCGGCCGCAAAUUUCUAGUUUUUGCGCAUCACAAAAAGAUGAUGGACGCCAUUACCAGUUGUCUCACUCAAAAGGUCAGUGUUACGGUUAACGUAUUUUAUUCGUCUGAUGGUUAUUUCAGAAGUCUUUUUAAAUGCACGCUUGUAUUGAUUACAUGAAUGUCGAACCCUACGCGUCCACAAGCUAAUAACCAUGCGAAUUUAGCCCACUUUCUGUCGCGUAUCGGAGUAGGACCGUGUGAUGCUAUUCCACCAGGGGAUUGUAGUCCAUCGCAGAUAGUCCCUUCCCCUCCAACCACUUUCCUCCAAGCAGCAUUUUCAGUUGUGAGGUGUGCUGGCCGAGAGCAGAACAUGAUGACCAUGGGCAGGCCUGGAACCUUUCGGUUCAUCACCAAGCCACCGCGUCUGACAGGAUUUUUUUAUUUAUCAAAGAAAAAUGGAAUCUUUCUCUUAAAUUAAAUUCCUACUUUUCAAUCAAGUUAGUGGUGAAAAAAAAUUGGGCAGAAUAUUUGAAUUCCAUUCCACAUCCCGUCCCUAUGUGAUCAGGUAACGCAGCUGUAAUCAGGAUUGAAAUCGAAUUAUGUAAAUUUUUAGGCACUUUUCCCUUUAUCUUUCAGAAGUAUAAGUUCAUUCGUAUCGAUGGCAGUACGCCAGCCGGAAUUCGACAGAGUUUGUGUGAUCAGUUUCAGCAAAACAAGGAGUGUUUAGUCGCUGUUUUGUCAAUCACAGCCGCGAAUACAGGUGAAACCACAAGUUUUCUCAACAAAUCGUUUUAGUGAACUGAAGAAUUGCUUUUCGAUCUACAGGGCAAAUGAAGGCGACAGAAUGUCGGCGUUGCUGCAGAAUUUUACAUUCUCAUAGCUUGUCUGAAGAGAUUUCAACUCAUUCUAAUCAUUUGUCGUUUUAUUCUGGAUAAAAGUUCUGUUUUACUUUCAGGUCUGACUCUUACUGAGGCCAGCGCGGUUGUGUUUGCUGAACUCUUCUGGAAUCCUGGGGUGAGAGCAAUUAAUAUUUCCCAGAUAUUAUCAUAGACUGCAUUUGAAUGAAUGAAAUAUUAAAAAAAAAAACCCAAGCUGAAGUCAUAGUCACAAAAUGCGGUCGGAACUGAGCAUAGGGAGGCUAGAGGCGAGGAAAUUUACUCAUGAGUCCUGCAAGCUACUGUGUCACUUGUUCUUUGUUCUUUGUUCUGAUUGGCCGAUACAGGAUCCAGUUUUAACAGGUGUUGAACCAAUCAAGAAACACCACCACAAUCGUAAAGCUUAGUAUUUAUUUGUCUUAUUUUCAGGCGCUUGUCCAGGCAGAGGACCGUGUGCACAGAAUCGGUCAGAGGAAUUCCGUGAAUAUUCAUUACCUUGUUGCUAAAAAGACUGCCGAUGAUUACCUUUGGUACGGAGUGACAAUUGACUUUAUUCAUCAUGAAUGUUUCGCGUGAUUUGGAUGCCAUUCAAACGCAAGCUGUCUCCUGGAAUACAAAGGAGCUUCGAUACGUUUUGCAACGAGUCUGUUAUGUCUGCCUUUGCAAAAACAAAGACAACUAUGUUCUGUUUUCUCUAAAAUUUGCAAUGGAUUUCAGUCAAUCGUUUUUCUCUAACAUUUCUUUUGCUUUCUUUACCACGAAACUCAACACCAUGAUGGCGCUGAAGGAUAGGUUUGUUUCUCUGUUUUCUUCCAGGCCGCUGAUUCAAAACAAGUUGGAAGUGUUAGGUAAAGCAGGUCUUUCAGAAGACAUGUUAGAAGCUGACUGCACAUUCUUCAAGGUAUUCUUCAAUAUACAUAAGUAACGUAAUAGUUAUCAAUUUUCGACACCAACCAAGGUAAUACUCAUCGUCUGUUAAGUUACGAACUGUUUUUGUGGGUUUGUUCCACAGGAUCCAAGGCAACAGACCCUAUUUUCAUUUGUGGAAUCUUUCGUGGAAGAUUACGCGACUGUUAGCCCCUCAAAUAAAGCUAAGACCUCGACAUCAUUAAACAAUAACUCAGACUUUGAAAUGCAUACGGAGUCACUCGCUAUGGAAACAAGGCAACCGAAAGAUGGCGUAAGUGACGCAAGAAAAGGGACGAAAAAUGAAAGGAGUGCUUCAAAGACCGGAAGUAAGUUAACUGAUUCAGUUGAUGAUAAUUUUGAUUGGUUUGACGACAUUGGAGAUGAGGAAGAAGUAAGUGAUACCGCACUGUAUGAUACCAUAAGAAGUCAAGAGGCGCAGUGUGAGUCGAAGUGUACAGCUGUAACAGAACCUUCUGCUAAGAGACAACGGCGCUGAAAAGGACCCAUCCCUCAUUUUCUUCGUCUGAUGUAAAGGUGACAAUGUUUCUCUGUCUGAUGUGAAGUGCGUGACCGUUUACUAACGCUGUAUGGUAGAAAAGAAGACGUAACUGCACUAACCUAUUUCUUUCACGGUUGUUUUGUGAUGAGGUUUACGAAUAUUAACGUCGUUCGCUUUAUGUGACAAGUUCUCGCCGACAUUUUCAAAAUCUGUGCGUCGUGGUCGACGAACUUUAAAAAUAGAAAUUCCAACAACUUGAGCCGUGCCUCAGCAAUCCAAUAGAUAAAAAGCAGCAAACAAACUGUGAGCGUGUAGUAUUUAGUUCAUUGUAUAAAAUAGAAACAAAGGAGACAUACGGUAACCACAAAGAUUACCAUUACAUAUAAGAUUUUCAUAUUUUUCAACUAGAGUGAAAGAAUUAUAAAUCCCAGAAAUUAAUUAAAAGAAACGAGACACCUGUUACAGUUUAAUCUGGAAAUGUAAGUCCUUUUGUUAUCUGGUACCCAUGCCCUUAUCAUCUUGUGCGAUAUUAGUGCUGCCUGGGAAUGAAUUUUAUCGAUGAGCGG